CGUGAUUGUUACGUGAGAAUUGACACACACAGAACAAAGCAGCAGCGAAUAUUUUUGCCAGGAGGAGUUGAGGAACAUGGAGCGAGCCGGCGUCCACCUACAUUCCUCGUCUCAAACUUGGAGGAAAUGUUUUGUUUGACUAUUAAUUCAACUUAGAAGAAGCGGAGUUAACGUCGACACGGGGCGACAAUGGUAGCUACAUUCCCGGCAUCUUCUCGGAGCAGCAUAGUUGUCGUGUGCCAAACUGGAGCCACACGCACUCCUUAAAAGACAGUUCAGACCGAGGGCACACUACACUCACCAUGUCUUCCGUUACUGUCCGUCGACCCUGCAGGCAGGAGAAGGGCAGUUUCUUCAAGUUGAUCGACUCGUUUGCCUUGGAAAUUGGCACAUUGAAGAAAGAGAUGGGUAAAAAGACCAAACCUGCUGAAGAGGACCACAAGGCAGACAAGACACUUCUUGGGCUUAGCGAGGAGGUGGGAGGUCUCUUCCUGCAGGCUUCACCUUGUGCUGGAAUCGGUACAGGACUCGCUGGGGCGAGAGAUUCCGGCUACGACUCCCUCCAUCGUCGGCUCAGUGUUCUGGACAGACUGAUGCAUACGCACACUGUGUGGUUACUGCUAUCUCUCAGCCACCAGGAGGUCACAUCCAUACUGCAGAACCAGCCCACUGGGACGUUUGUGGUGAGGAAGUCUGCCAGUCUACAAAGGAAAGUCAUAUCUCUCCGAAUGGACAAAGACUCUGCAGUUCCCGUCAAAAACUUCCCCGUCAAAGAGAGCCAGUACACUUUCUCUCUGGAGGGAUCAGGCUUGAGCUUUGCGGACCUUUUUCGUCUGGUGGCUUUUUGCUGCAUCAGCAGGGAUGUGUUGCCCUUCACUCUGAAGCUUCCUGAGGCCAUUGCUUCAGCCAGGAUGUCGGCAGAUCUUGAGGAAAUUGCUAAACUUGGAUCAGGCUUCUGGGGCACUCAGUUGUGCGAUAAGAAGAAGGGCUCGGUCUCGUCAUCAGGGACAGCUGCUCCCAACAGACCACCCACCCCUGCUCAGAAACCAGUCUCCUUGGCAACGGCAGUAGGGUGUCCAUGGCUUCAAACUCGCACUCCAUCUGAGCUUGAGUGUUGCCAGUCCAACGGAGCCCUGUGCUUCAUAAACCCCCUCUUUACAAAGGUCCACCAACCAGUCGGUGAUCUAAGCACCACUCCCACAGCCGAGCAGGGCCUGAGGGAGACGCCUAGUGACAACAACGUAGAAACCAACGACAAGGUAGCUCUGCACCACCUCUGUAGCAGCUGUCCUCAGUCCUGCAGCUCGGAACAUAGUGAUACAAACCUGUCGGGUCAAAGCAAAGUGCAGAACGGUGUCAGAAACGCAGAGUUGUCCAAAGACACAAGUCAAAACAACGAUUCUCAGAAGGUGCAUGUGUCUCCGUCACCGCCACCUCGGCCACCCCCACCCCGCUUUAAGACACGACGCUCAGCCCCUCCUGUCCGACAGCACAACAUGCCGGAGAAGAUUUCCUGGAUCAACAUUGCUAAGGAGAAGGCUGAGGAGAGGGAGAGGGAGAGGGGCAGCAGCCUCCUUUCUCGUCUGGGCUCUUCACUAAGCAUCAGCCCCUCGUCCUCCCCUCCCAAGAGACUCAACAUCAGCUCCCCAAUCUCCAUCUCCCGGCCCUCGCUGCCAAUCUCUCUGCCAUCUCUCUCCUCUUCUCCACGUCGAGCCAAGGUCUCGCCAUCGUCCAGUCAGGAGGAUGCCCAGUGCCACCUUGCACUGGAGGAGCAAACUAUUGAGAAGGCCCUCAUUAGAGCCAAACUAUCGCAACGUAAUAAUGCUAGUAGAACUUCUGCUCAGUACUCCAGCAGUCCUCCACAAGGCUCAAUGAUGACAAUAAACAAGCAAGCAGAGAUGCAACAAGGAGAAGAGGAAACGGGCGUGGAGUGCAGCGGCAACAACCAGAGACUGAGCGACAUGAGCCUCUCCACAGAUUCCUCAGACUCCCUGGAUUUCUCUCAAAACUCUGCUUUCUUCCUUCCUCCUCUGCACGACCCAAACCUCCCCACUGAGGCUGAUUUCAACACCCACCUCCCCCUCUCUCUCCCUCCGUCCCACCACCUGCCCUAUGGCAGCAUGGAGGAAGAUGACGAUGACGACGAGGACGACGAGGACGAUGAGGAUCCGGACUAUGGUGUCGGCCUCGAGAGUGACCAGGACCAAGAUCAUGACCUGACUAUGGUACCGCCGGGACGUCGCAUCAGUCGUAGCCCGAGUGCCAGUGCCUUGGUUCUCCAGAAGGCCCUGCGAGGGAAACUGCGUAAGAUGAGCGGCGUUUUCAAUUCACUGCUGACACCUGAGAAGAGGGCGAUCCGCAGGGUCGUGGAGUUGUCCAGGGAUAAAGGCACGUACUUCGGCUGCCUGGUUCAGGACUACCUGAGCUACAUGGGUGAGGGCGCUGGCGCUCAGGCCUGGCAGGGUUACGCCUCUGGACUUGAGCUGCUGCAAACUCUGCGGCAGUUUAUUACUCAGAUGAAGAGCUACCUGAGACAAAGCUCCGAGAUGGAGCCGCCACUUGAGAGCCUUAUUCCUGAAAAUCAGAUCGACCAAGUCCUGGAAAAGGCCAUGCACAAGUGUGUGUUGAAGCCCCUGAAGCAGGUGGUGAAUGUGGCCCUGCACGAGUUCCAGGUGCGCAGCGGAGAGUGGCAGGAGCUGAAAGAGAAUCUGGCUCUGGCCAAGGCUCGGCAUCCACAGGAAAUGGGUGUGGCUGACACUCUGCCCCCUGAUCCAAUAUCCUUAGAGAAGAUCAGAAACAAGUUCCACAACAUGUGUAAGUUAUACUCCCCAGAGAAGAAGGUCGCAGUGCUGCUGAGAGUCUGCAAACUCAUCUACACCAUCAUGGAGGACAAUUCAGGUCGUCUCUAUGGUGCUGAUGACUUCCUGCCCAUGUUUACCUACGUGUUGGCCCAGUGUGAUAUGCCCCAGCUGGACAGUGAGAUACUCUACAUGAUGGAGCUACUGGACCCUUCACAGCUUCAUGGAGAAGGUGGUUACUACCUCACCAGCGCCUAUGGAGCCAUGUCCCUGAUCAGAAACUUCCAGGAGGAGCAGGCAGCCAGGGUGCUGAGCUCUGAAACCAGAGACACACUCCACCAGUGGCACCGACGCCGCACAGCCCAGCGCUCUGCACCAUCCAUCGAUGACUUUCAGAACUACCUGCGGGUGGCACUGCAGGAGCUGGACAGCGGCUGCACGGCUAAGACCGUGCAGGUGCGACCUUAUGCCACAGUGGAGGAGGUGUGCCAGCUGUGCGCCCACAAGUUCAAAGUGUCGGACGCUGAGAAGUACGGCCUGUUCCUGCUGAUGGAGGGCAGCAGUCAGCAGCUGGCACCGGACACCCACCCUCAGAAGAUCAAAGCCGAGCUCCUCAGCCGCCCGCAGCCUCCGCCUUUCCACUUCGUCUUCCGCCGUUUGGCUCCCAACAAUGCUCUACCCGACCUCGGUGUGACCUCUGACCCCCAGGCUAACUUGAACGAGUCCGGCUGCUCUCAGGAUAGGCCGAGCUUCAGCCUUGGUCUCAGCGUGUCAGGCAGCGAGCUUGAGGUUUGAACAGAGUCUUUGUCUCUCACUCGUCCUCCAUAACAAACAACAUGUUGUCAAAACAGUGUGCCGUGCCAGUCUCUGCCAAGUCCAACUUCUCCUUUCUGGAUGGCACAUCUGUGUCGGUCCAGUCCUUCCUGACAGACAUGGUGAAACAGGAAAAGAAGAGAGGAGGGAAGGAAAUGAGAGAGGAUGAAGUGUUUUGUUUUCACGGCGUCAGAGCAGCACUUUGCUGACAGCAGCUCUUAAAAGUUGUUGGACGUCGUGUCCUGCAUUCAUGCUGGUGCUUCACUUACAGAUAUUGCCAGAUCUCAGAGCCAUACAAAACUAAUCUUUGAUUCAUCUCUUCUAUAAAUUAUAGUGUAUUUAGGUGAUCCGUAUAACCAUUAUUUACUUGUUACAGUUGCUGGUAAACUGUAUGUUGUUGUUUCUGGUUUUUAACUGUUAUUUUUUACAUGUUUGUUUUAAAUGGGUUCUGGCACCACCCAGUGGAACGUUGUAUAUAUAGCAAGCUGAUCUUCAUGAUUUAGAUUUGAAUGAAAACUCUUAAAGGCUGAGGUGAUUUAACAACCUUCCCAAUAAGUAUGUCAUGUGAUUGAUGUUUCUACUUUGCUGUAGAAUUCCACAUUAUGCAUUAUGUAUCUCAUCAUUAUCUAUUUUACCCGUGUUGCCAGUAUCGACUAUGUUUAUGUAAUUGUAAUAUACGCCGUAGGAGAGAGGAGUAACGUUGUGGGAGAGACAGGAAGUGAGUGAAAUCACCCUGGAUGUGUUCAAAACUACGGUCAACGUAGGAACAUUUUUUUGUGUACAAUUGGAAAACAAAUAGAAAAAAAGUGUCACAAGUGGUACAUGUGAGAAAAUGAUGGUAACUCGUUAUUUACAUGUUACAUGUUACAUGUUACGGAAUAGGCAGCAUCUCCUGCUCUGCCUGCACUUAAUAAAUAUAAAUUCACAGUAGUAUUAACUACGGGGGCAUUGUUCAGGGGCAUUGGUUUGAAAUACAUGAAGAAAAGAAAAAGGUUGUUUUCAUCUCACUUGAAAAACAAACAUCAUGACGUAAACAAACAGAUCAGAUGAUGGGUAAAUAUAGGGAGAGUGGAAUUGAGCAAACCAUUAGUUAGUUUUUUAAUAAUUAAAAUGCUGUGUUUGCUCCAUAUAAACAAAGAAAUAAUGAAUAAUUGCACCUAAUGUGUAGAGUUUUCCUAAUUCUAACCCUAAGGCCGCAAAUCCCACAGCACGCCGCCCUCCUCAGAUGUUUGAUAAGAAAACAUCAGCAUCGUUCAUCUGAGAUAAUAACCCGGGUUUAUUUAGAUGAACACAAAGAUAAUCUGUGGACAAGAAUCUGCCUCGGCUGCUCUCAGUCUGUGUUUAUCGUCUUUGCUUUGAAGAGUUGUGGAAAAUGAAGAGCGUUGAUGAGAAAUUCUUUGGCAGUUAAGAUCUGCAUAGUUCACUUUUGAGUCCUCGAGUUACUCUUUUGGCGUAUUUCCACCGGCUCGACUGGCCUCGGCACGAUCAGGUUGCAUCUCCACUACAUAAAAAUAGUACCUACUUAACGUGGGCGGAGUCAUCACUGCACGGCUGCGUGAAAGUGCGGCGUCUAGUGACUUUACACCAGACUCCUGUAGUUGUUGGAGGUUAAGCCACGUUUUUAGGAUUGUUAAGUAGUUUUAAGUGAUCUACAGUUCGGCGCUGUUCGGCUUGAUUUGUGUGUGGGACGUCAGUGUGACCAAUCAUAGCAUAGUAGCCGGCGGAAAUACGCCAUUAGAGUAUUAAUCAAAAUGUGUUGUUUGUUUUUUUCACUAAAUGUGAAAAUCUGCGCCACCUCCUGGCCAAACACCAGUACCACAACAAUGAACGCUUUUGCACAAAUUGAGUUGAUGUUUGAGUCACAGCCACAUUUUCUAUAACUAUUUUUAGUUGUAGUUUAUUUCUGUGUCGAGGACAAAUGACGUGUGACAUCACACUCUUGUUUUCCCCUCUGUAGUUUUAGGAUUGACAUUUUCAGAGUUAGUUUUUUUUAGUGUGUAAAAUGUAGUCAUAUUUAUUAGUCACGUUGCAUGUUGCAGCUGAAUAUCCCUCACCUCACCCUUCCAAGUGUGUUGAGAUCAGGAGAUAAAUAUAAAAGGCUCAUUCUGGGAAUUCACACAAUUGCACAAACAUUAAUUAGAAUCAUUUUAUCUUCAAUUUCUGCCCAAUGAAAGUAGUUUCUCCUGAAUCUGACACACUGUUUGAAACAGGCACAUCUGCCGGUGUUUAUAACUGUAACACAUGUAUUUAGUGAUUAUCCUGGUGAUAUUAAAGAUACUGUAUCAUAAUGCGUGUUGAAAGGGUGAUGAUGAUGAUGAUGAUGAUUGAGGAACAGCUGGAGAUGGAGGUCCUUGUACUGCUGACAGAUGUUGGUUUGUGUUGUGGUGAGCAGGAAAGUGCAGAGGCUGACGUGGUGUGCGAGGUGUGCGAGACAGAGAGCUACUGGAAGUGUGCGUGAUACAGUCAGGAAACAAUACUUGAAACUUUGUAAACGUGUCAGUCGAGAGGGCCGUGAUGUGGCUGAGGAACGUGUACAGUGGAGGUCAUCGUGUUUGUCUCUGGGCCGAGUGAAUUGACUCAUAAUCUUUUCUUUUUUCUUUUUUUUUAUGAAGCAGAGUAUUUAUAUGUAUCUGUGCGGGGAUUUUUCACAGAUGGAUUUUCAAUGACUUUAAUAUUCUUUAUGGUGUCAAAUGUCCUUGUUACGCAGGAGACGUCGUCCUGUUAACUGUCCCUCAUUGAACAACAUCAGGAAUAUUAUUUUGUACCUAAUAAACAUUUUAUAAAAGCAA